AUGACGGCUUCCGGCAGCUCACUCAGCGGCAGCCGGUGCACCUGGGCUGACAGCAGGGUGGUGGUCACCAACGUGCACCCGCUGGGGUGCACGCCGCUCUUCACCCGCGCGCUCAACUACAGCGGCUGCGACCCGCUGGCCAACACGGGCGCGGCGCAGCACAACGCGGCGCUCCAGUCCGUGCUCGCCGCGCUCGACCCGGCCAACCGCACCUUCCUCCUCCUCGACCUCAACGCGCCCUUUGCGGCCUUCGCCGACGCGCCGGAGCCGGCGGCGGCGGCAAGCAGGUUCGCUGAGCCGAGGCGCCCGUGCUGCGAGACCUUCGGGAGCACCGCCGCCGGCGGCUACUGCGGCCAGGAGGACGACGACGGGAGGAGGCAGGACGUGCUGUGCGACGACCCCAGCAAACACUUCUACUGGGACAAUGUCCACCCCACGCAGGCCGCCUGGGCCGCGGUCGCCGAGACUUUCAGGCCCAAGAUCCGCGAGUUCCUCUCCAGUUGA